GGGUAUGAGUAACAGUAAAACGACACCCACACUUCCAAACGCACACCCACACCCACACCCAUACCCACACCCACACCCACACCCACACCCACACCCCACACCCACACCCACACUCACACCCACCCACACCCACACCCGUCUCAUUAUUUGAAUAAAAUGAUUAAAACGGUGUCUAUAAUUCUCUUAUUCAUAUAAAAAUGUUUUCACCGUAUAAACAAACAUAAAUAAAUUUACUUCAUUAUAUUUAUUUAAUUAUAUUUGGAAAAAAUUCAUUAUUUCGUGUUGAACAUCGUUGAAAUUCAUUAGAAAAAUUAUUAUUAAAUAUAUUAAUGUUUAAAAAAAAAAACAUUAAUUGAUUUUUAUAAUAAAUAUAUAUGUUUACUUGUUAUUGAUCAAUUAGAUAUUAAAUUUGAUUUAACAUCACCAAUAAUAACAUCAAUAUUAAAUAAAGAUGAUGGAUUUGGUUUAAAUUCUUCAAUUGAGAAAAAUUUUCAUGAAAAUGUUAAGAAAACAAGAAGAAGCAAGAAAAAAUUUAAUACUGAAAUGCCAAUAAUAACAAUUAAAAUUGGUUCAAUAAUUGAUGGAAAACCGAUGAAAUCAAUGAAAAUGAUGUUAACAAAUGUAAAUACAGUUGAGAAAGAAAUUAAAAUGCAUUUAGCACGAGCAUUAACAACAAGUUCUUUUAAUUAUUUUAUUUCAGUAUUCAUUUGUACACAAACAGAAGCUAAACUUUAUAAAGCUUUUAUUUUCUAUGCAAAUUCAGGUAAGGUAAUUAUCAAAGAAAAAAAUUUUUCAGUUUCAUUGUGA